AAAUAAACUACAGUGCCACUAGAAUCUAGGGUUUUCUCUCGCAAGCAUUUUUUUCUUUUUCUUUUUUUUUUUUUGGUCGUAAGGGAGCGGUCCUCUUCUUGUCCCGCUCCCCUUUCGAUUUUCCGUCACUUUCCGUCUCUAAUUUUCCAUCAUCUUUCUCAUUCAAUGUUAUAUGAGCUUGAUUUUCCUUCCUGCCAAACAGAUCCUAUUCAAACCUUUCAAGGCUUUCUUCGAAUAUUUUAGUUACGAGCCACCCUUUUUUUUUUUUUUUAUCGUUUAAAUUUCCGAUCUUUAUGAAUUUCUUGUUUGAAUUUAUGCCCUUUUGACAAAUAAACAACAGCAAUGCAGGUCCCUAAUUCGGAAAAAAGUACCGAGCUUCCCGAAACUUCUGGGGUACCAGAAGAUUCAGAGUCCUCCAAUUCAUCUUUAUUAGCAGGUUAUAGUAGCAAUGCUGAGGAUGAGUCUGUUCUUGAUGUUUCCGGGAAAAGUUUGGAUUUUUCUCUGAUGGAGAAUUCAGAUGACGCGGUGAAGGGCCUGUAUAUUUAUAAGAACGUGUUUAAUCUGAUACCCAAAUCAGUAUUUGGGGGUCUCAGUCGAUUGAGGACUCUGAAAUUCUUUGGAAACGAGAUCAGUUUGUUUCCCUCUGAGUUUCGAAACUUGAUGGGGUUGGAAUGCUUGCAGGUGAAGAUAUCCUCACCUGGGUUUGGUGGCCUGCAAUUGAACAAGUUAAAGGAUUUGAAGGAGCUUGAACUGUCGAAAGUGCCACCACGGCCUUCGGCUUUUCCAAUAAUGAGUGACAUCGCUGGGCUUAAGUGCCUGACCAAGCUCACUGUUUGUCACUUCUCAAUAAGAUACCUUCCUUCAGAAAUUGGUUGCUUAAAUAAAUUGGAGUAUCUGGAUAUUUCCUUCAAUAAGAUGAAGAGUUUGCCAACUGAAAUUGGCAAUUUAAAUGCCUUAAUAUCCUUGAAAGUUGCUAAUAAUAAAUUGGUGGAAGUACCUUCGGCUUUGUCCUCCCUGCAAAGAUUGGAGAACUUGGAUUUAUCAAAUAAUAGGUUAACAUCCUUGGGUUCUCUUGAACUUGGUUUGAUGCAUUGCCUACAGAAUUUAAAUCUUCAGUAUAACAAGCUCAAUUAUUGUCAAAUACCUUCCUGGAUAUGCUGCAAUUUGCAAGGAAAUGGCAGAGAUACAUUCAAUAAUGAACUCAUUAGUUCAUCAGUUGAAAUGGAAGUGUAUGACAAUGGUAAUCAGGAAUAUGAUGCGAGUCUUUCUCGCAAAGGUUCUCAUCAUUUAUCAGCAAGUCUAAUAACUGGCUCUGCAUCAAAUAGUAGAUGUUUUGCAGCUCGGAAGUCAGGUAAAAGGUGGAAGCGUAGGUUUUAUUUGCAGCAAAGAGCUCGUCAGGAACGUUUAAAUAGCAGCAGGAAGUGGAAAGGUAUAGAUCAUUCUAAGUUGUUAUCCAUGAAGGAUGAUGGAAACUUCAAACCAGGCAGCCUAGAUGUUGCUGUUGAAACUUUUGCGGAAGGUACAUCUGAAAUUAUAGGUUCAGAUGAUUAUGAUAAAGAAAUACUUCCUGGCGAAGGUGAAAGUGAAAAUCUGUCUAAUAGUUGUGAGGAUAAUGAUGUCACUUUGAAAAAGCAGCUUAAUGUAGAAAAUUGCUCGUGCAUCAGUGUUGACUCUACUCCUGUAAAUGAAGGUGAUAAAUAUGAUUCUUGUCAGCAUGAUGGAUGUUCCAUUAAAAAGGGAGUCUCUGAGAAAGAUGAAGGUUCACCUUCAGAAGUGUUAAAAACUAAUUCAAAGUCCAAGAGGCACUCUGAUAGAGAUCUUGAUAAUCCAAAACCAUGCAAGACUCGGAGACCUAUUGAUGAUAGUGCUGGUUUGUCUCGCAAAUACAGUAAUGUCUCAUUUUGUAGUGUUGAGGAUUUCCUUCCAGAUGGCUUCUUUGAUGCAGGGCGAGACCGGCCCUUCAUGUUGUUGAAAAGUUAUGAGCAAAAUUUCCAUCUUGACUCACGUGAAGUUAUUCUUAUGGACAGGGAAAAGGAUGAGGAGUUGGAUGCAAUUUUACUCUCUGCUCAAGCAUUGGUGUUUCGUCUGAAGCAGUUAAAUUGUUUAAGUAGAGACAGGGAUUGGGUUGAUGAGCUCCAUAUUGGGUCAUUGCUUGCUCUUUUUGUAUCAGAUCAUUUUGGUGGCAGUGAUAGGGGUGCCAUUGUUGAAAGGACUCGAAAAUCUGUAUCUGGUUCAAAUUACCAGAAGCCUUUUGUUUGCACCUGCUCAACUGGAAACAGUGAUAGUAUUAGUACGCUGACUAAACCAACCGUGGAGUCUGUCGAAGAUAUUGUUUUCUCUGAUCUAUGUGAAAAAUCGAUUCGUUCUAUCAAAUCAAGACGAAACUCCAUCAUAGUUCCCAUAGGGAGCUUGCAGUUUGGUGUAUGUAGACAUAGAGCAUUGCUAAUGAAGUAUCUGUGUGAUCGAGUGGAUCCUCCCAUUCCCUGUGAGCUUGUAAGGGGUUAUCUGGAUUUUAUGCCACAUGCCUGGAAUAUCAUUUUAGUCAAGAGGGGUGAAUCAUGGGUUCGAAUGGUAGUUGAUGCAUGUCGUCCUCAUGAUAUUAGAGAAGAAACGGAUCCUGAAUAUUAUUGCAGGUAUAUUCCUCUUAGUCGUAUUAAAGUUCCGCUUUCCUUUCAAAGCAGUCUCGCUCCUGGUUGUUCUUUUCCGUCAUUGGCUUCUAGUAAAGAAAUUUUAAAAUCAGCUUCUAGCUCUCUUAUACAGUGCAAAUUGGGCUCAGUUGAGGCAGCAGCGAAGGUGCGGACUAUUGAGGCUAGUGGGACUUCAGCAGAUGAUAUUAGGAAUUUCGAGUAUGGUUGCUUGGGAGAAGUAAGAAUUUUAAGUACUUUGAAGCACCCCUGCAUAAUAGAAAUUUAUGGGCAUCAGAUAUCUUCUAAGUGGGUUCCUUCAGGGGAUGGAAAUUCUGAGCACCGUGUAUUACAGUCUGCAAUCUUGAUGGAGUAUAUAGAGGGAGGAUCUUUAAAGGGUUACAUUGAAGAGCUAUCAGAGGCUGGUGAGAAGCAUUUGCCAGUGGAGUUGGCACUUUGUAUUGCUAGAGAUGUUGUGUGUGCAUUGGCAGAGCUGCAUUCAAAACAUAUCAUUCAUCGUGACAUUAAAAGUGAAAACAUCUUGAUUGAUUUAGAUAGGAAGAGGGUGGAUGGAACUCCUACUGUGAAGCUAUGUGAUUUUGAUAGGGCAGUACCCGUUCGUUCUUUGUUGCAUACUUGCUGUAUUGCUCAUGUAGGAAUAUCUCCACCAGAUGUUUGUGUUGGUACUCCUCGAUGGAUGGCUCCAGAGGUCCUGCGGGCAAUGCAUAAACCCAAUGUGUAUGGAUUGGAAGUGGAUAUUUGGUCAUUUGGAUGCUUGCUUUUGGAAAUGUUGACUUUGCAAAUCCCUUAUCUAGGGCUAUCUGAAGUGGAAAUCCAUGAUAUGCUUCAGUCGGGUAAAAGGCCAAAGUUAACAAAUGAGUUGGAGGGACUAGGGUCAUUGAAUGAGCCUGCAAUGUCUCAAUCUGAUACUGAGUUGGAGGAAAAGGAGGAUGAAUUAGAAGCUCUUAGAUUCCUGGUUGACUUGUUCCGCCAAUGUACCAAGGAGAACCCAAUGGACCGUCCAACCGCUGAAGACCUCCAUGAAAUGUUGCUUUCGCGCACGAGCAAAUUUGCCAGUUCAAGAAGUUAGGAAGAAGAUUAGGUCAAAUUAAGGGUAAUGAUCUAUCCCCUAUACAUUUUUUUGUAGCCUUAGAGUUGUACCACAUUAGUAUUCCUUAUAAAGAGUUGGGGAUUCUCCAAGAGUCAUGUGUCGUAGUUGCUUUGAUUAGGUUUGGCAAUUAGGGCACUAGAUUUUUAUGUCUCUUUACUUGUAAUUUCCAUGGCUUAGGGGGUUUAGAUACAAACCAAAAGAACAUUCUUUGUAAUCUAAUCUAAUUUAGAUUUGUAAAUUCUGUUGCAUCCAAUUUCUGUGUUCAACAUCUGUAUCAGAACAAUUUUUCACUUGAUGAAUUAUGCAAAAUGAAUACUUGGUACUUUUUUUGACAUUA